GCUCCACUGUGAAAGUACUCAUUUGUUGUGCGUAGCUGCGAGAGAGCCCAAGCCGCUCGUGCUCCGCCGUGAAGCUUCUCGCACCUGUAUCUUGUGACGCGCCCGUGACGUGUUAUGUGACGCCACACUUGUACACCACCAGCACACGUGCCGCCAGUUGUCUCUCUUGGACUGUCAGGAGCUGCCUGCUAAACUCCACAGUCCCUCCCUCGCUCUCACACACACACGACCCACUGUGCUAACGCCCGGGAUACCUACCUCGUGUGGAUGUUGUGCCUGUGCCCGCCAUGCAGUGUUCGGCUCGCUAUUAUACAGUGUUACACCGUGUCCUGACCGAGUCCUAGUGCCAUACCCAAGUGAUCCUCGGAGCCUGACCGCAGAGUGAUCCUUCGUCUCUGUGUACAUUAGCGUGCUACCCUGCCAUUGUGUGUACAAUACUGUGCUACAUUUGCUACUGUGUGUGUACUACUUAUCCUGUGUGAUAUACAGUGCUGUGUUGAUAGUGACCCCAAUAUACUACAACACCACUGGGUGUGUGAACCGUGAAUGACUUCUGUUCCUGGAUAUCUGUACUGGCUUCGAAACCUUCUUCUCACCUGAGCAUUGCUACCCCCACGGAACUGACACCUACAAUCGUUUAAGGUACGACCUGUGAGUCCUCAGUGUAUGCAUGCUGGCAAUACAGUAUCGACUUCGUUCACAUUUCCCAGAUUAAAGAGUCCCGCCGACGUAAAGUUGUCACGGGUUCCUGGUGGCGGUGUUGCCUUUGUUCCACUUCGAGCCGCCCCCACCACCAUGCCCUUUAUCGACGACAAUCUACUUUGGUGUCCCGACAACGACGGCAAAAUGGUCGAUCUCUCUUGCCUGGAUCCUGGAGGAGGAAACGCUGCAGACAACAGCGCCACUCCAGGGGGACAUAACAAUGACCAAAUGACCCCAAUGGGAAUGGGGGUCAUCGGAGGUCUCGCCUCGUCUCACCCGUCCUCAGCCCCUGAAUGUGGGGACCUCGCCGAACUCUCACAGGCUGACCUUAAGGGACUCGUCGGCGAAAUGACAGAGGAUGAUGAGAUCUUCACAAGCAUCUCUGAUCCUACCAUUGAACUUGAUAAUAUUUUUGCUGAGAUCCCGCAGGUCGAUGACUCGUUCCUGUCGGGGAAUCCUGUCGGAAACGAGAGAAUGAGAGGGCGAUGUGGGCGGGAGGAUGCCAUCCCCGCCACGCCCACAGAUUCGGCCAAGACGCCCUCAGACCUUCAUUUGAUACAGAUAAAACAAGAGUUGGAGCAGCUGGGAAGUAGCGACGAGGAACCCAUGUCAACCAGCACCCUGGAGGCAGUGUCCAGCACCAGCACUCUGAAUUCAGUCCUCCGCUCGUCGCCUCUCUCUGGCCCCAACCACAAUCACAAUCACCUCAUCUCCCAGCUCAUCAACAAUCCAAUGGCCUCUUCCAAUAGUAAUAACAAUCUUCACAACACAAAUGGCAACCAAUCUUUUGCCAGUUUGCUCAAUGACUCCGAGACAAACGGAGUCGGAAAUGGAUGCUCCAGCACCUCCCUGCUCCAGAAUGCCUUGCAGAACAACGGCUCAGCAAAUGGAUUGAUAGAUGCUCGCCACAUCAAAAGAGAAAAUUCCGUGGCAGCUGCUAAUCCCUUGCUAGCAGAAGCGUGGCCGAUCUCUCAUUGGGCAUUUUGGGAGGACUUGGGACUCCUAUCUUCUCCCUUCGACCGACCAAUGGGCAGUCCGGUCACCAACCAGUCGCCGACACAAACCCUGCCCGGUCUCCUUGGUCACAUCAAAGUCAAGAAGGAAGUGCUUGACCAUCACCAUGACUCCUGCAAAG